UCAGACGACUCAGACGACUUACUAGGGAUAUAUUCGUAAAAAUAGCUUCUGUUUUUUUGUUUGGUCACAAGGGGCUGGGCUGUAAUUUUACAAGGUUUUUAGGUUAGUUUUGCAUUUGAUUCAAGUUUGGGUAUAGGUUUGGGGUUAAAAUCAAGUUGUGGGUUAGUUUUGGCAAAUUCCCUAUUAAAAAAAGACUAUGCUUAGGUGUCAUUUAAAUAGGAUGAUAAUUUAUUUUAUGUGGCAGCUUAAGAAUCAAUUGAAAAAAAGUUGGUCCAAAUCCAAUUACUAGGGAGCAUUAUAUUAACCCAAUAUAUAAAAAAAUGUGUACUAUUUUCUUAAAUAAAAGCUACGAAAUUACAUAAUAUAAUUAAUAUAUAUGACAAUUUAUGACUGUGAAUAAAUAUUUGAUAACAUUUUUUUCAUCCUUCUUCAUUUUUGUUUAAUUUUAUAUUAUUAAAAAAUUAAACAAUCACAUUAACUAAAUGAUAAAAAAUUAUAUUUUUAUUACAUAUUAUAUUUUGAAUUUUUUAAAAUGACUUUAAAUUACAAAAAUGAAGAAACCUUAUAUGUUAUAUUUUGAAUUUUUUAAAAUGACUUUAAAUUAAAAAAUGAGAAAACCUUAUAUGUUAUAUUUUUUAUAUGUUAGAUUUUAUCUUAUAUGUUAUAUUUUUAUUUUUUUAAAACGAUUUUAAAUUACAAAAAUGUAAAUUUUCCUUAAGUAUACGACUAAAAGCAUUAAAAUGGCAUGUAUCAAUUCGAUGGUUGAUCUGAAACCUUUCAAAACCCAUAUGAAAGAUAAAUGUAAAAAUAAUUCAACUGUAAAAAUAAUACUGUUCAUUUUUUUCAAGAAUAUGUUCAGUGGAAAAAAAUAAGGUUUUUGUGUCAUAAUUUGUUUAAUGUCCAAUCUGAUCAAUCCAUGAUUUAUUAAUUACAAUUUAGUUCCACAAUUUUAAGAAAAGUUGAUCCGAUCCAUCAAAAAAAUAUAAUAACAACAAAAAACAUUGUAUUGUAUAAAUAAAAUGAUUAAAUAUAUAAAAAAAUUGUCAAUAAUGUAUAAAAAUAAAUUCAACUUGCGCAAAGCGCAUGUCUUAUAUAGUUUCUUACUAAUUUGAAAGCUUUUAAGAGGUAAACAAUUUGAUCAAAAAAAAAUUAGGAGGUAAGGGUCUCAUGUGAACCCUGACUGGUCUAUCACCAUCGCAUCUCUUCUUUCUUCUCGUCGCACGGAGAUCAAGACCUGUCUCCUAAAACUUACUUUCCAGACCAUGUUAUACAGCUUGUGGAGGGAGAGGAAUAGUCGUCGGCACCAAGGCCACCCACAGAGCGCUGCUCACAUGGUUCGUAUCAUUAACAAGCUCAUCAAGAAUAGGAUCUCCUCCCUGCGUCACCGGCGGCCAUCUUUCUACAGUGAUAUGAUGCAGUGUUGGAUGGGACGCACCACGUAGCCAAUUAAGCUCCAAUUUUAAAAUUCUCUCUACUGAUUGUGUUCAAGUUUGAAAGCAUAAACAUAUGUUGCCUGUAACUUUUUUUCUUUGUUGAUAAUCAAUUUAAAAUUUCAGCAAAAAAAAAAAAAAAAAAAUAGGAGGUAAACAAUUAAUGUAUGAUGUUUAAUUUAAGUACGAAGGGGUUGUAUAACUUGUAUUCCUUCAAUAAAUGGUUGGAGAUAUCGAAUAAUUGCUGCAGAUUAUAUCGAUGGUAGAUCCAUACCAAAUGAGAAUAUAACCCAAAACUGUCUGUAAUAGCCCACCUCACACAGCAGAAGGGCGAGCCGAACAUCUUGACUUGAACUUUAAGCAGCCCUUCUGCACUUUUCAGUAUUUAUACUAAGAACAUCUUCAAUGGAUCACAAAAAAAUUAUUUAUAUUUUAUACUAAAACAAAAUAACUUAUAGAGUUAUAUUUGCUCCAAUAGUUUACUGUAUAAUAAAGUUACUAUAUAAUAGAGUGAAAUAUAGAGUAAUAUUGAUUUUUUACUCCAAAUAUAGAGUGAAAAAAUAACAUUACUCUAUAUUUCACUCUAUUAUAUAGUAAAAUUAUUAUACAGUGAACCAUUGAAGUAAAUCUAUACUAUUAAAAGGGACGCACUCUUGAAAAAUCUACUUAUAAAAGGUUGUUAUACCUUUUCACUAGACUAUUAAUAUUUUAGUCUUAUCUUAAAUUUAUACUAACAAUAUAUCACUAUAUAUUUCUUUAACAAUGCUUUAAUCAAUUUAAUAGGUGAUAUAACUAGAUUUCCUAAAUUUUCUAAGAAAUUUACCUUAAAUAAAAUACUCCCUCCGUUCCUAAAAGAUGUAUGUUAUAGAAAAAAAAAUUGUUUAAAAAAGAUACAUUUUUUACUUUUUCAAUGUAUGAUUUUAUGAAAAAUUGUAAGUUUCAAAAAAAUUAAUGGUGUUUAUUGAAUUUCUAUUGGCUUAAAGUUAUGGAAAAUUGUUAUUCACAAAAAACAAUGCAUAUUUAAUGAGUUUUCUUAAUAUAUGUGUAAAAUCUAGAAUAUGCAUCUUUUAAAAAUAGAGGGAGUAUUACAUAUUUUUGUGACAUGAAUCAAAGCCAUCUGUGAUACAAAGCCUAAAAGAUAAUUAGCUAUAUAUUAAUUAAUAAUAAAUAAUACUUAUUUCUUUCAUGUAAACAAAACAUUGUGAGAUUCACGAGUGGACUAUCAUUAUUUAAACACAUGACAUAUAGACUACACAAUCAGAAAAUAUUUACUUACGGUUUUAACAAUUUAUGGUUCACGACUUCACAUAGUUUUGACUGGUAGAGCUAAAAAUACACAUAUCAGACACAUAUCAGACCUACUGAAUACACAAGUUUAACAAUAUUGAUUUUUUAUAUUUGUAUAUAGUCCAUGGAAUUUAUAUUAACAUGAUUUACAGUUAUAUAUUUGUCAAUCUUAGAGCAGUGUCCCUGAAUGCAUAUAUAUGUGGAAGAAUAAUCCUAAACUCUAAAUUCUGCAAAUAUUAACUACAUAUACUGCUGUAUAAAAUAUAUGGUCAGUGAAAUUUUGUCUACCUUAAUAUAUUUACAAAAUGGUUCAACUAAUUCCCCUUAAUAAAAUGGUUCAAACAAUAUAGGUUUGUUAAUACUUCACAUCCACGCAAAGUGCAAAGCCGCUAUAACAAUCACAAAUUUUUUCAUCUGUUCAAUAGUGUAGAUAUUCUUAAUACUAAAAAAAUGUGAAUCACUCAAAAUGUGAAUAAAAAUGUGAAUUAUUAACACUAAAAAAACUGAACCAGUCAAAUAUUCUUAUAAGAAAUAUUUAAAUUUAUCUGAAUUAUCCGAUAUUUCAUCAAAAAAAUAAAAAUAUGACUUUUACCUGAAUUAUUUAAGAUUAUCCUUAAAGCGAGAACCAAACCAGAACCGAAUUGAACUCAAGAUUUUACCAGGUUUUUAAAAUUGGUAUCUAAAACAAACUAAAAACCAAAACAACUAAACCGAAACCAAACUCAAACUUAUAAAUAACUAAACAGUUUAUAUAUUUCUUGAAUAAAAAAAUCAAAAAUCAAAAAUCAAAAAUCAAAAGUUGAAUCGAAACCGAACUAAAACACUAAAAAGAACUGAAUCGAAACCAACCGCGUAGCUUUAAACAUAUUAGUGAACUAACAAACAAUAAGUUUAUCAAUAAAAAAAUCUCGCGCUUUUAAGCGCAGGUCAAAAUCUAGUUUAACUUUAAAAUAGAGUUAUUCUAUUUUAGAGUGAAAUAUAUAGUAAAUUUUUGUGUACCCUUGGAGAUGGUCUAAGCAGAUUAAUUAUGUGGUUUAAUCAUCAAAUUAAACAAUGUAACAAAUUAAACAAUGUAACUAAAGACUCGUUCAAUGCAAGUUAAAACAAUCACACACACAACUAACAAAAACUCAUUUCUAAUUUAAGUAAAUCAAUCCUUAGCACACUACACACUCACUUUCUCACCAUAUUUCAUCCGUAAAAAAAAACUGAAAAUCCAUAAAUUUAGAAACCAAAAUAACAUUCCAAUUUUUGAAUACCUACGUCGGAGAUAUACAUUCUCUGACACUCUUUUCUUCAAUGCUGCCGAAACCGAUCGGACCAAACACAACUCUUGAAUCUCAGCCGCCACAUCACUACAAUAACCCACAACUAGUGGUUAUCCUCCUCCUCGUCCUCUUCAUCGGUUUCUUCGCUCUAUGUUGCUGCAAAUGUUUCUUCCACACUCUCUCAAAGGCUUGGGAUCGCCUUCACCGCAAUGGACCACCCGAAGAUCAAAUCCAAUCACAACCAGAAAUCGACGGUCAACCACCGGUUAACCCCGGUUUAGAGCCACAAAUCAUACAAUCCUUCCCAUUAUUCCCAUUCUCCUCAGUCAAAAAUCUCCGAGAAGAUAAACACGGACUCGAAUGCGCGAUUUGUCUUCUUGAAUUCGAAGAAGAACACGUCCUUCUCCGACUCUUAACAACCUGUUACCAUGUUUUUCAUCAAGAAUGCAUCGACCGUUGGCUUGAAUCUAACAAAACAUGCCCUGUCUGUCGCCGGAACUUAGAUCCAACCGCGUCUGAAAACAUCAAAGAGCUGAUCAUUGAAGUCAUACACGAAAACAGCAACGGAAACCAAGAUCAAACGUCAACAUCAAACGAGGUUUUGCGAUCGAGACAGAGUAAAGAGGUAAAGAUGGAGUCCUUACCGGAUAAAUUUUCGAGAUCGAAGACGACAGGUCACUCGAUAGUGAGGAAUAAACCAGCGGAAGAAGACCGGUUUACUUUGAGAUUACCGGAUCAUGUUAAGAUCAAGGUAACGAGAAGACAUAAUAAUAACCAAACAGAGAGUUGUAUUUCGUUUGGUGAGCUUAUGAGAAACAGAGAAGGCCGGUUUGGUGAACUCUCUGGUCAAUCACUUGUACCAGAAUCAGAAAAUUAAAGAACAUUUUUAUAUUUUUAUUUUGUUCGUUAACUCUAAAAAGGAAUUUUCCAUAUAUGUUAACAUCCGUGAUCCUCAGGUUUCCAUGCUACAAAGUAGCUUGAUUGAUGUCUUGCUACUUCAAAGCUAAGGAAACACAAAGAAGCGGUUCGGAUUCUUCGCUCGGAAUAUGAUGUUACAUACACCACAAUGCUUAAAACUGUAUUUCAAAACUAAGAUGAUUUAGAAAGGGCUUACGCUAUUCUCGAAAAAACGAAUUUUUGAAGUUUGCACCUUCUCUGUAGAACUUUUUAUUAUAGGAGGGUUUCUGUUAAUAAUAGAAAACAAUAAGAGUUUUUUUUUAGCAGAAGACUAAAGAUAAGAUUCUGUUUACUCUCUAAGACGUGUAUAAAUUUGACAAUAACAGUUUAUGCUCUUCGUCGUCUUUGUUGUUCUUGUCUUUCUUUUUCUUGGACUUGGUAAAUUCAUACACACUUAUCUUAAUCUCUUUAUAUAGAUACACUUGCUUCCUUUGAAGCAGAAUAUUGGCGAAAAAAAUCAAUGCUUCAUGGAUCCAUAAUAGCAAUGUUAGUGACCUAGGUAGAGUCUUAAGAAUCAAAUGGGUACUGAAUCAUUCGGACUAUGUGCAUGCAACAGAAAUCUCUCGGCCUUAUGCACUAAGAUUGAAGGAUUACUAUGUGCAGAUUCAUGCAUGAGAGACAUGAUGAUUUCUUUGGUCUGUUUUGAAAACGGAUUGCCCAGAUCUAGUAGAUAUGAUUACGAGCCCGAUGGACUGGCUAGUCUUUGCUUCGGAGAUUGAUGCGUUCUGGAAUCUACAUGAUAAUUUUGAGAGCAUGAGCUUGCUCCACAUUCCCAUUAGCAAGAAUGGCCGGACAGACUCAUUAGCGAAAUAAGCUAGGAUCAAAGAUACUUUUUUCUUUCAUAUAGAUCAGAAACGGCCAGAUGGAAGUUAUGUUCAGAAAAACGUCUUAUCUGAUAAAACUUGAUUUGUUAAAAUGGACAGCGGCCAAAAAAAAUACACAAGUACAAAAAUAUGUUGCAUGUUUAGAGAUGGAUGCUUUCAGAGAUUUUAAACACUUGUUUGUUUAUUGUUGCUACGAGUCAGAUUAGAGUAGACACGUUUUCUGGGUAUGAAAACAUUCACAAGAAUCUUUAAGUGAAAACUACAUUCGUUGGAACUUGGAGGAAGCAAACAGACAUUGUUGCUUGUCAAUGAAAUUAGCAGAUGGGAUUAACUAAUAAAUAGAGACCGGUUUAUUAAGUGUUUAGUACUUUAGCUUACAUGAAAUUUACAAAUGGUCGUACAGUUUAGAAGACCCGGUUAUCCCAAAAUAUAAAAUCGAACCCAGCCUAAUUUUACUUUAACAUAAACGGCUAUGUUAGAUUUUCUGUUCUGUUGGGGGUGGAUUUACAUCCUUCCUCAAGACCCAUCUAUAAUAAAUAAAUAAUAAUAAUUUGGAGUUUUCUCCCACCUCAAGCAGCCACGUCCUUCUUUUAGUGUGGGCAUAUGUUGCGACGUGUCAUUAACUUAUCAUUCCGCUCACGAAAACUUUCGUAAUUAUACUAUGGGCCGUUUGAUGGGCCUUAUGUAAUAUUUUCUAUGGUUUAGGCUCACAUGUAUUUAGAGCUUCACCACUCUCCGUCUUCUACUAACAGAGCAUUGCCGUCUUCAAGUUACAGAUGACGUCGUCUCCGAUUCCAACUAUGUAACGUCUGUUAUUGACAAUUAUUAGGUAACCACCGGAAUCUUCACCUAUAAAUGUGUUUUCAGCCAACGAUGAACAGCAUCCCAUAUACGAAAUCUGAAAACACGAUCCCUGCUACUCACCAACUCAACAAUGGCGCAAUCCUCUAUCUUACCUGGCGAUUUGAAAGCUAGCCACUGUACAAAUGCCACCAAGGUCCGUCUGGUUUAGGGAGGCCAGGAAUGUGAAGAAAGGGCGAGAGUUAAUAGGUGUCGACAUGCUACGGCUUGACGAGAAUUUGACCCUUAUCCAAUGGUCCGUCAGUGCCAACCGUCUUAGCCCUUUCCUUGACGUUCAGUGUAGGAUCAUUUUAAACGUUCAGCAGUUUCGACGUCACAAGGAGCAACAACAAGUUCCGUCUGUCUGAGACUCCCCUCUCCAUACGCUUCAAUGAUGGAACGUCUUUUGUAGAGCUAACCGAUUCGGUGAAAUAAAUACCAACUGAACUGUUACGAUUUCGUAGACCAGCUACGUGCAUUGGCGAACACCAACAGACAACUACCUGGUAUGUUUUUAAUCUUCUUUAUCUUUCUUGUCGUUUAAGAAUCCUACGUCUGUCUAUAUUAAGGUCCUGCUACGUUUUAAUUUUCAAACAUAAUCGGUGAGCUAACUGCAAUCAGGAGCACUAAUAAUGAUACACACGGGUCGCAGCGCGUAAUGCUUACUCUUUGCAUAGAGAGUUAUAUCACCGUGUCAUUAGCAUCUUCGAUGCCUUAGCCCUUGCAUUUUAUAACAAACUCGAGAGCUACGGGACGGAACCAACAAUUGUACUUGCCACCAGCAUAAAUCCGAAAAUUGUUGGAGUUAUGCAGGUCGAUUGUUAAUGUCACAUCUUUACUUCGACACAGAGACCGCUGUUGGAAAAGAAAAGAUUGACAAGCAAGUGACCCUCAUUUUAAUUAGAUAGAGACCACUUGGUUCACAUUAAACAUAUUUCCAUCUGCUUUAAUAUAUUUUUUGACUGUCAUUCAACACUUAUCUCUUAAUAGGUUGACAGGUGAAGGCACAUAUGAGACAACAUCUUCAUCGAAGGUGGUAUAUGCACAAAAAGUGGCCCUGAUCGUUUCAGAGCUAAAGCAAUAUGUUAUCGCUGCCGACCCUUAGAUAAUUGAGUUUCUUUGACCGGAAUUCUGCCAGGCUUUGUUAAAGAUGAGGAUGAAGAGGUUCCUGAUGCUCAACUUCCUGGAGUGAAUGCACUAGCUUCGAAUGGAGCUGCUGAUGAGAACUCCAAUGUUGCGCCCCACCAUCCAUGUCUGCUGAUCCAGCUGCCGAAGGUGAACCAUCAACCAAACAGCAACUUGAUCCGAGCCAGAGUGGAUCCAAGAAUGUACGCUUGGCAUAAGUUCACGUAGAUACCUUUGAUAACCAUUGAAUACUUAUCACGUGGAUACCCUUAACAAAAGUAUUAAUGCUUUAGCAUCUUUUUCUACUUUUGUUUUCAACUCACUGUAGUGAUCAGUGUUUGAAUUAUUAAUGCAAGUUUACUUUAUACAGGCAACAUUUUGUUAAGAUAAGUCAAGUAGUCAUGCUACCUUACGUAUGAAGUUCAUACUUCUAAACACUUGGUAGUCUACGUAAGCAAUUGAUGAUAAAGUUACAUGUCUACUAACUUUUUCUUAAAAAAUACAUAAACCAUACAAUUAAGCAGUGUACACUUCAAGUAUUUCCUCAAAACAAGAUUAAAAGCAACAAAAUUACGGCAUCCAAGUCUCGAUGAGUACAUCCAAAUCUACACUGUCGGUGCAACUGUCCCUCAAAUACAUGUUACAUGUAAAUUGUUAAAGAUGUACAUUUGUUGAAAGGUGUUGACGUAUAUAUAUAAUAUAUUUGACGUCCACACUACUAAAAACGUUUGUCCAUGUUAUCCAAGAAUAAAAGUCAAAAGAAUAAAUAUAAACCAUUACAUUUUUUAAACUCACUUAUUUAAAAUUUUGUGUUCUCUUAAGAAAAACCAUUACAUUUUUUAAUUCAAUUAUUAAAAAAUUUAUGUCCUCUUAAAAAAAUAUAGUGAUUCUUUCAACUCAAACCAGCAAAAUUAAAUUUACAGUACAAUCUUAGAAAGUUUUAAAUUUAUCAUAUUCAAUUUAAAACAAUAUUUUCAAAUGUUCUAUAAAAUAUUUUGAUCAAAUCUUCUAUAAAAUAAAAAUAUAUUUUAACAUAAAACAUUUUUUUCGUAAAUUCACCCGCCCGUAGGGCGGGCCAACCCCUAGUUAGACAAUAAAUUAGGCUUAUUUUACUCUGUAGCCUUAGCUUUUUUCUUUGUAUAAAUAAAAAGAUAUCUCUAUUUAUCAAAGGAGAAUCUCUCCUUCUAUUUUAAACUAGAGCACUUCUUACAAAGGGUUUAUGGAUUCUUAGAUUUACUUUACACUAGAAACGAUUCUUAUAAUACAUUCUUUGAUCAAUAAACUAUUUUUAAUAUUCAUUUCUCAUUUGAUUAUUUCAAGAUUUUUCAUAAACUUCAAAAAUCUAAUUCUUAUCUUCAGAUUUUUUUUAUUGUAUAAUUCCAACAAACAUCAUCAGCAUAAACGCCGUUUUUGGAUCAAACAGUUGGUACUAUAGAGAGGGGGCUAAGGAAAACUAUCUUCGAAGCAUAUCAAACUUGAGAGAAUCCUAGAUCUACGAUGAUCAUUCAAGUAGGCUUCUAAACACAAAAAAAAAAAA